GUGCCAUGUAUUAGUGAAGAAAUGAAUGGAAUGAAUGUCUCUAUGGAGCUUUUUUCUGGCAUUGUAAUUGAGUGUGAGUCAAAAUCUUUUUCAGCUUAGAAGGCCACAUAGUGGUGAUAUCAGUACUACCAGGCAUACAUAACAGGGAAGGCAGAGGAAAAGCUAUCUUUAUUACCAGAAAGUUGUUCCCUGAACUCAGUUUUACUUUUGUAUUAAAGAAUGAAGACUUUUUAUUUAGUAAACUGUUAGGGCUCAGAUUCAACUUUUAAAAUGCACUAAAUAUAAAUGGCAUUUUAGCAUUUAGUAGAAUAAGCAGUGCAUUAAUACUGCUGAAGUUGAAAAUGUUUGAACUAGUUUGAGUCAGUAAAAAAUAUAGGUGAAAAACAAGAAUGGAGAAACACCAGUCAUUCUUAUUGUCAGAACAGUGAUUUUUUGGUUGAGAAUCAUUGGUAAAUUGGGUCAUUCUAGUUUGAAAAGCCCAUCUUCAUAGACAUGAAGUAGCACUGCUCUCAUUUUCACAAAAUCUUCCCGGAGAACUCAGCAGUUGAACUAGAAUUCCUUACUUCGGUUAUGCAUUCCUCAUUAGCUCCUUAAAUCAGGUCAUGAUUUUUUCUUCAUGCUUCAUUCUGUAACUUACCAGGCCUCUGUUUUUACCUGAAAGAGAUUUAGUUUGCAGGCUUCAAUUCAGUUCUCUCUAUUUUAGAUUACUUCUCUAUUUUGGGAUUUCUGCUUGAAGAGACUUCAUGUCAACCUCCCGACAUGCUUACAGAAUGAUACUAGCUGAAGGGCUGUACCAUCUGAGGUUUCUCAUCUGAGACAGAUAGUUCUCCGACUUCAGUGUUAGAGAAAAGUCUUAUGGAAAACUGUCAUUGAAGAGAAAUCCAUUUGUUGGAAUGCAGUAAAAAAAGAAUGAAUCAAGAUCAAACCUCUAAAUGCAAGUACCAGAAAAAUUACAACACAUCACAGUGAAUUUGCAAGUGUGACUUGAAUGUUCCUCCUGAGGAAAAUGUGAAGUUUAGCUGCCUGAAAAGGCAAAAAGGAAAGGAUCAUCCUUCCUUGUGGGUCAGCAGGCAGUUGUAGGACUGCAAAAUGGGUCUCCGGAUUCACUUUGUUGUUGACCCACAUGGUUGGUGCUGCAUGGGUGUGAUUGUCUUUGUCUGGUUAUACAAUAUUGUCAUAAUUCCAAAAAUUGUCCUCUUUCCUCACUAUGAAGAAGGACAUAUUCCAGGCAUACUAAUAAUAAUAUUCUAUGGCAUUGCCAUAUUUUGUCUGGUCGCCUUAAUAAGGGCCUCAAUAACUGAUCCAGGAAGACUCCCUGAGAACCCUAAGAUCCCACAUGGAGAAAGGGAGUUCUGGGAAUUAUGUAACAAGUGUAAUUUGAUGAGACCAAAGCGUUCCCAUCAUUGCAGCCGCUGCGGCCACUGUGUUAGGAGAAUGGAUCAUCACUGUCCAUGGAUUAACAAUUGUGUUGGUGAAGAUAAUCAUUGGCUCUUUCUGCAGUUGUGUUUCUACACUGAACUUCUUACUUGCUACGCACUGAUGUUUUCUUUCUGCCACUAUUAUUACUUUCUUCCACUAAAAAAGCGUAACUUGGACCUCUUCAUUGUUAGACAUGAAUUGGCCAUAAUGAGACUAGCUGCCUUUAUGGGCAUUACUAUGUUAGUUGGAAUAACAGGACUCUUUUAUACUCAACUAAUUGGCAUUAUCACAGAUACAACAUCUAUUGAAAAGAUGUCAAACUGUUGUGAAGAAAUAUCGAGGCCCCGAAAGCCAUGGCAGCAGACCUUCUCAGAAGUUUUUGGCACUCGUUGGAAGAUCCUGUGGUUUAUUCCUUUCAGGCAGAGACAACCACUGCGAGUUCCCUACCACUUUGCCAAUCACGUCUAAACAGAUGGAUGGUGGGCACAGAUGGGUCCUCCAUGCUGGAAGUGCGUUACAGGUUUUCUGAUAAUAGAACGAUGACAGUCUUCAAGUCAAUUAAAAUCCACCCACCAAUCUUAGGCAUCAUAAUGUGCCCCAGGCUUUAUUUUAAUAGUGAUCUUGAUCCUGUUGUGGGACUAAUACAAGAUCUAUAUUUAAGUUUUAAAGCAUGUUUACUUUCAAAUUAGCUUUCCACAGGGAUUUCUUAAAAUGCUUUUGUUAUUAAACUCAAAAGGCAGUGAUUGGAUUGAAAUAAUUGUACAUAAUUUCUUUUAGGACUGACAAUAUUAUAGAUUUUAAUUUAUGGGGAUUUUCAGAUGUUUAUUUAAAUUUUUCACUUUUAAACAGUACUAACCAAAUCUGAAUUUAAUUCUUCAGGUUUUACAAAAGGUUUUACACCUUAUAUGUAAAUUUUCUUUUUCAAAUGCAGCUUAAAAUGUUAAUACUUUCUUUUAUAUAUGUUGCAGGAUUUUAUUAAGUGCAGCAUAGGAUUGAACAACAACAAAAGGGCAGUGUUUUCUUAGAAGUAGGUUUCUGAUGUUUUCUUCUCUUCCCCCCAAACAAAAACACCACUAAAGUAAAGUACCAACUACCUACCUUAUUGUAAAGGAAAAAUUAAUUUUUUUCAUGUUAACAUUCCCAUUUCUUUUCCCUAUACUGCUGUAAUUUUGAUUGUUGUUAAUAUAUUUGCUUCGAGUAGAAAAUUUUGACUAAGUGGGAAUGUAUUCGUAUUUUACCUUCAGAUUUUGUUGAGCAAAAGGAAAGCAAAUAUGCAGUAAUUCCACAAAUACCUUUUCUGGUGCAGUUAGGCCAGAAUGCGAAUCUUUAAAAUGCUGGUAUAACCAGAUAAUGUGUACUGUACAGUAUAAAGAGGAAUAUUGUUCUUUUGAAAAAAUACAUAUACUUUUUACUUUUAUUUAAUAGUACCUAUUAGUAGAUCUAAAAUUACACAUUGAAGGUUUACUUAUAAUAAAUAUUGGCCAAUUCCUGAAAUUUUAUCAUAGGAAAUUACUAGUAAAAAUAAGUAAAUAACUUUUGUAUACCUAAAUUACCCAAAAUGAAAUUAAAUUUUAGUUAGCUAACUAUAAUUUGGAUUGAAAGACCUUUUUGUAGCUAAUGUUAGGAAAUGACCUUAAAGUAAGAAAAUAAUAAUCUACAUUUAUCGUUAGCCUUAUACAGAUUUAAACUGCUCAGAGUGAUGGUCUCUUGGAAAGCACAGAACAUUUGUUCGAAAAGAUCUUUAGCAUGCUUUGAAAAAAAUUCAGCUUUAACAUUUUUUUCCAUUAGAAUAUUGCAAAGUCCAUGUAUCUUUUUUGAAAAUUUUUGUAUUCAGUCUUGCCCUCGAAGAGAAGAUUGAAGGACUCUACUUACUUGUAGCAUAUCAGUAGUUUUCUUUUACUUAAAUUAGAUAGUAGGGAAUCAUACCUGAGAUAUCAAGCAACAGCUACCGUUGUCAGUGGGUUAACUCUACUGUGGUUACUUCUUUCAGAAAUUGUAAAUAUCUUCUAAAAUAAUGGAAUAAGCUGUUCUCAGAGAUACAAGUGCCAUGUCUUACAUGCUCUGAUUAUAUAAUGUUUUAUUACCUAAAAGUGUAGACAUGGCAGGUGAAAAUAUGUAUUGGUGCUGGUAAGAUGCAUAGUAAAUUUAAUAUGAGAAAUGUAUUUGUAGAGCUUAAUGAACCACAUUAGUAUGUUCAUGUCAUGGAAAUGGGUUGGAUUUUGUGCAGGUUAACCUGUUGACCAAAUUUGGCCUGGUGACAGAACUGUUACAAGGAAGUAAUGUAUAGGUAAUAUACAGAUAUAUAUCUGUUGAAUGCCCUACCUAGCUGUAUACAUUCCUUUCAAAUGAGGACCUUGAGGAAACAGGAAAGUGAAGUGAAGAUCCCUUAAAGAGCUUUAUAGACACAGUUAUACUUCAUAUAGUAGCAGGAGCGACCUUGAAACGUACCUGGGAGGUGCUCAGAGCCAACUUCUGCCUCAGUAAUGAGAACCAGAGGUGUCCCUUUCUCACCCCACGAGUUUUUUGUUUUUCUUGGAUUCACCAUUUCUAGAGCACAUUGUCUUCCCUCUUUUCUCUAUACCCUCACUAGCCUGAUCCCUCUGUGCCUGAUUCCUCUGGUACUGCAAUACAAACUCAUACACUAGGCAAGGUAUAUAUUUAUUUUGUUUGAAUGGCAGAAAUGGUACAUACCAAUAUAUCAGUAUAUUUAUAUAAGACUCUGUAUUAAGGGAUAUACGUAUAUAUCCCCAAAUUAGCAUGCUUAACUGGGUUUUGUUAUUCCUUGUUAGACGAGAAAAAACCAACGGGCAGUUGUUCCUAGGGAGCGCAUGAACUCUAGUGUUCUCUCUGCGCCCUCUUUUGGCUAAUUGAUGUAAUUAUACUGGGUCUAGAGACUUACUGCCCCACAAGUAAAUUGUGUAGCCAAAAUCAGAACCUGUCAGAGGUACAGACUUAGGGGGAGUGUACGUACAAAACUGUUAUAUUUUAUGAAAAUUAAUGGUCUGUGUUUAUGAUGUCAUAUCUAGUUCAUACAAAUGAUGACUACUUUGUUUUAUUUAUGUAUAUUAUAUUUUUUACUGUCAUUUACACAUUUAGAUCAGAUCAGGGUAAACAAAUGUAAACCAUUUCAUGAAUUUUACUUUACCUUUUAAACUUUUAUUUUUAUUUAUUUUUGUUGUGUUUUUUCAUUACCAUUUGUCCCCACUACACCUUCUUCCACCUCCACCCUCUUCCUCCCCCCGCCCCUCCCCCGCAUUCACCACACUGUUGUGUCUGUGAGUUCUUCGUUUGGCAAAUUGAGUCCUUAGAAUUAGAAAAGACAAUACUUUAAAAUUACUAUUUUUUAGAAAGCACAGAAAUAAUUAUAGUUACAUUGGCAAGGAGGUAUCUAAUGGGUCUUAUUGAAUAUCUAAAAAAUGCAUUUAGUUUUUUUAAUCUCAGUUGUGGAAUGAUUUUUUUUUGCUGAUUCUAUUGCACUAAAAUAGUAAGAGAUUAAUGAUUCUUUUUAUACUUCCCAUUCUUUUUUAACUUUCCUGCUUAGAGUCAUAGCUGUAGCUUUAGUAGCCAAUUUAUUAUGUAUUCUGUAUAACCAUGAAAAUAACAAAUAAUGAGUUGAGUGUUAGAAAAUAAUUAUGAGUCAUGAGGUAACUGGUGUAAUUUAUAUGUUGGAUAAAGUAGUUUCUCAUAAAUAUUUUAUUCCAUUUUAAUAAGCAAAAUAUAUUUUAAAGGAUGUUUUACAUCAGCAAAGUCAUUAAUUUGGCCUCUGGAAAUGAGUUUUAACUAGACAUUGUACGUUACACCUCUUGAACAAGUAUAUUUGUUGUUGUUCUUUUCCUUAAACAAAAAUCUUAAUGGGCUCAAGAUUGUAGGGGAAAAUUGACUGAUUUCACUGUCCCCCAAACAGUAGGCAUUCAGCUAAUGCGCUUUUGGUACUUUGUGACCAAGACUGACAGUUUAAGAACAUUAAGUUAACUGAUGUUACAUUAUAAGAAAAGUACUAUUUUGCUUAAGGGAUGUAUUAAAAAUAUUUGUGGUUAACAUAAGAGAUAGCUAUAUUUAAAUUUUUAAUGUAUUAAUCUCUGUAACAGAAGAAAGCAUAGUUUACUUUUAAUAGUAAUAGGAGUAGAGAACAUAAGUUACAUAAAAUUCAGUAUAAAAGUGGAGUUAAAACUUCUGUGAGAAUGAACAUUAGUAAAUUUUUGCUAAUAUUUAGAGGUAUUUUUCUCUAAGGAUGGUAGCUAAUUAUAACUAUUCCUCAUCAUGCUUUUUUAAGUCACUUCCAUACAAGCAGUUAGUUGAAAAUACGUUUUACUCGAAAGGGGUUAAUAAUUCCGAGUGCUAAUCAUGAAGACUUAAGUUAGGACAACACUUUAGUCAGGAAGUGUGAAGUAAUUAAUUUAGAGUAUGGCCACAGUGUUUUAUGUGUUAGGUUGUGGGGCAGUUUGAGUGUUCUCAAGUGAAUUGCUAUAAAACCACAGUGUGUCCAGCUCUGGUUUCCAGUGGCAUUAAUACUAACAAAGCUGCUAGCCUCCCCCACACUUUUCUCUGGUCUCUCUACUUCCCUUAUGCUUCAUGGAGAAACAGAUCACCUAGCUCAAGUUUACUCUACUAUUGCUGCUUCAUUACAUAAGUUUUAUACAUGACCUCCAAUAUAUAUAGAUCUAUAUAGAAUUUAUUUGGUGAAUUUAUACUUACAUUAAAUAAUUUACUAAUAGAUACAAAUAGAAGUUUUUUUACCCAGUUCUACCACUGUGGCUUUCAAAAAUGUAAGUAUUAGUGAAGGUAGUUAGUAAGUCAUGCACAUUUAGUAUGUUCUACUUUCUAGAAUUGUUAACCUAUAGUUAACAAAUGAAUUAGUUUAUUAUUUAAUGUUCACACUUGUCACCUUCUAUUCUAAGAAGCGCCCUCUGAAUUUAUAUCUAAAUAACAAAUGUCAUCUUCUGAAUUCAGUCAUUCUCAAUUGAAUUCUAGAAUAAUCUACAGUAGAAUGUGAGAAAAAAUAGAAUCAGUUUGCUUAAAAUAUUUUGAACCAAUGUUGUUAUUCUAUGUAUUACUAUUUAGCACUUCUGCUGCCUUCAGGAUGAUGCUGGUUUAACUUCAGGAAAAUGACUUUCUUCAGACAUCCCCUUUUAUUAUUAUCGUGCAGUUUUUAACAACAAAAUUUACUGUGUUUUUGUCUGUUCUUUAGAUGUCGUAAUGGUGACUGCUAGCUAGUGCUAAUUUGAAAUAGAAAUAACAAUGGUAUUUAAAAUUCUUAAAUUCUGGGUAUUACUGAUAUUUUUCACCAUCAUUAUAUUUUUUUACUAUCAUGUCCUUUUCCCCUAGUCCAUCAUAGAGGACAUAGAGUACAAGUGAGUAGUGAGUAGCCAAAACUGUGGAAAGAAAUUAAGGGAACUUACUCAGAUGGUGAGAAGGCUGGACAGAGAGCAUGGGGAAUCAGCAUCUCAGCAACAGGGUAGACUAUAAAAUGUCUGUGAGGCCAGGAAAUCCCCCGGCUAUGAUCAUUAGCCUUAUCUCUUGCAGAUAACAUUCUACUCUCAGAGUCCUUAAUGCACGUGAGCAUUUUAGUUUGAGUUAUCUAAGGAAUUUAUAUUGCUGAUUCUCUUCAGCUGGUCAGAUGCCUUUGAGAAAUUAUUUUAAAUGUUAAAUAUUAUAAUUGCAUAGUGUAUGGUAACAGGAAUUGUUAAGAAAGGUACAGCUAGUUAGUGCUGAGGAGAAAUGCAGAGGUUGCCCAAAGUUUGAAAAAACUGGGACCCUUAUCACAAGUCUUGUGAUGAGUUUUUAUGUUAAGGGGUGAUUUUCACUUUAAAAUUGUGCUAUUUUGGAGUUUUUGAUACCUCGGCGGUCGUCUCCAUACCAGUUAGUAUUGUUGUGAAUACCUGUGACAUGUAAUGUAGUGCUUGCCAGGGUUGUUCAACACUCUGUUCUUCUCAGUGCCGAUAGUUUUAUGUAUAAACAGUAGUGUGGAUCAAAUGGCAACAAAACAGGUAUGUUUCUUGUUGUGGCUUUGCUUGCCUUUUUGACUAAAUACAGGGUUUAACUGCAUUGAUUGUUAACUACAGGGAGAGGUUGGCUGCAUAUCACAAGCUCUGUGUUCUUGCCAGUGUUCAUCCGGUGAUAGUUUAACCUGCCGGUGCCUGAAGUUAGUGUCCUCCAGCCUCAACAACUAAAACAUCCUGGUGCUACUCAUUAGCAUUGAGUGACGUUUUUAUUUCCUGUACCAAAGAGUUGAUUUUCUUUUUGGUUGACUGAGAGUUUUCAUCUCACAUCCUUGUGUUUAUAAGGUAAAAUUUAAUGUUACUGAGAACAAUUUUGAUUACUGGGUCUUAGUUUUUACACACUGCUGCCUCAAUUUAAUUGGUUUUAAAUGUCUCCCAUUUGAACUUCUUUUCUGAGUUAGGCAGAUUAGUAUGUUUUAUCAUUUGGUAUUUUUAUAUAGAUUGGCUACUUUAAAAAGUAGUUUAAUGGGUUGAAGUUGCAAAAGAUAAUCUUCCCACAAGAUAUUUUGGUUGUGCUUUAUUUCUGCAGGAAUACAUGAGAAGUAAUAAAAGGUAUACUUUUAUUUCUGUAAAUGAACUGAAUAGCUUAUUUGGGCCCUUUUCAUGAAUGCUGAAACAAAAUGCUAAAAUGAAAAGAUCAGGGCCUUUCUUAUAACAAGUGAGGAAUUCUGCAUCUCUGUGUGUGUAUAAUCCUUAAUGCCAUUAAAGAAUGAUAUUGUCAUUUGUCUAGUUUGCAAACAAAGAACACUUUAAAAAUAUACAUAUACAUAUAUAUAAACAUUUCCCAAGAAGAAAUGCAAAUGUACUUGAUUUAAACAAAACUGUAAUAGAAAAUUGAACUCAACCAAAAAAGGUCUCUCUAUGUUGUUUCUCCCUUCACAUAAAAAGUUAAGAGUAUUUUAAAAACUACUUCUGUUUAGUGAUUCAUUUUAUAAACAAAUGAGAGAAAAAACCCUUUAGAGGUACUUGUAAUUGUCCAAAUGUAAUAUUGCUAUGUUUACUAUUCUGGUUUCCUGUUUUCCCCGUAAACUUUAAAAACAUUCAUUGAGUAUCCUUAAAACUGUGGCCGAAAUGGUUAAAAAUCCUGGCAAGAAGGUAACACUGUAUAUGUAUAGGAAAAGUAGUCCCAUUUCAGAAUGUUUUGCAUCAUUUUCACUCAGAAAUUCCCUUAUUGAAUGUAGAUAUGUUACAUGGUUUUGCAUUGAAUUCUAAACAGAAAAAAGAAAUCAAGUCUGAAGCUUACAGUAAACAUGACUUAGGAUCAUGUAAAUGAUACAUAGAAAUAAAGAUACACGUGUUGUUAGAGGUAAAAGCAAAAUUUGAAAACAAAAUGGGAAGAAGCAACAUUAUGUCUAAUUGUCAACAAUGUAUUCCCCAUAUUACUGCCACAGUAUCAGUACUGAGUUAUUUGGCUUGUUUAUGUAUUAUUUAAAUUAAUGUGGCUGAAUGCAAUAUUUGUUCAAGUUACUGGAUAGUAGAGAGUUCUCUACUACUCUGUCUACAGAGAUGAAUAAUGAAAAGAAAUUUCUACUUUAGCAUAGGUAGAGUAAAGCAAGUAAGUGAUAUAAUAGGAAGAAUUUCCACCACAGAGAUACUUGGACAAGUGAGCUGCAAUUCUGAGGGGGAAAGAUCGGGCCUUGGGCGGACUGAGCCCAGGUUAUUGAGCUCGUAUGAGCUUUAUUGUCCCUGCAAUUAGUCUUUAAAAAUCUGACUAACAAGUGUAAUGAAUGUGCAAAGUCUGUGAUAUGUACAGACUCCUAAAAUUUUGUAUCAACCUCAAAUUUUGUCUAAUAUUAUAUAUCCCUAAAACAGAAAACUUUUAAUAUGGUAUGUUCCAAGUGCCAUAUAUCUUGCUUUUAAAUUAGGUGAUUAUUUCAUUCAGUGCAUAUGUUUACACCUGAGUGCUGUUCUGCUGCACUGUUUUUCCUUGUCUGUUCCCCUAAGAUCAUUUACAGAAAAUCUUCAGUAAAUUUCUAGUGCUAAUGGUAAUAUGGGUUAUAGUAAUUGAGAAAUAAGAGACUAGAUCGAGAAGAGAGAGGGAAAAAUGUACAAGUGUGAGCUGUGUAUCUGAGAUAAUACUUGUUUAACUGAAGAGUCAACACUGGUUCUUAAAAUGAAAAACAAGCUAUGUAUCUACCUUAAGGAUAAUGUUGCUUUUUAAUUUAUUUUAGUGAUUUAGUUUUAUUCAUGUAAUAUUUCUAUUUUUCUUUGCAGAUUGUUUUUAAUUUAAAUCAUGGAAUUUUUACUUCUCUUGAAAUGUAUUAUGUAAUGUAUUUUUAGAAAUCUUAUUUUUAAAUAAAUAUUUUUUGAAAACAAA